AUGGAGCAUUCUUUUCUGUGUUUUGGGAUUCUUCUUUUGUGCAUGAUCUCAGGUCUGGAAUCUGCAGUAGCAUCCACUUCUGGAAAUCAGACGGAUCAAUUUGCUUUACUUGAUUUCAAGAAUCAGAUAAGUCAUGACCCACUUCAAAUAAUGAGCUCAUGGAAUGAUUCUCUCCAUUUCUGCAAUUGGGUUGGUGUUACUUGCAGCUCCACCAGUAGCAGGGUCAUGAUUCUGAACUUAGAAUCACUAAGUUUAAUUGGCUCAAUACCACCUUCUAUCGGCAACCUCACAUUCCUUACUGGGAUCAACCUACAAAACAACAGCUUCCAUGGCGAACUUCCUCAAGAUUUAGGCCGUUUACUACUCCUGCAGCAUCUCAAUUUGAGCUCAAAUUCCUUCAGCGGAAAGAUCCCAACAAAUCUUACUCAUUGUACUGACUUAAGAGUCCUCGAUGUGAAUUUCAAUGAGCUUGUUGGGUCAAUCCCCGAUCAGCUUAGUUCACUGUCAAAAUUGUUAAUUGUACAUCUGGCUGUAAAUAACCUGACAGGAACUAUCCCAGCUUGGAUAGGAAACUUUUCAUCACUAUUGGCUCUCUCACUCGCCAGGAACAAUCUGUAUGGUCGCAUACCCCCUGAGCUUGGCCGCCUGUUGCGCUUUGGAUUUUUUCAACUUUAUGGAAAUCAACUGUCUGGAGUUAUUCCUGUUUCAUUGCCAAAUGCUUCUAGGCUUCAAGUGAUUGACUUUGCUCAAAAUAGUCUCACUGGGACUGUGCCAACAAAUUUGGAAAGCUUGCAAAAUUUAUAUAGAAUUAAUUUUGAUGAUAAUAAACUUGGAAAUAGAGAAGUUGGUGACUUGAUUUUUUUUACUUUCUUGGCUAACUGCACUAGUCUGGAAGUACUCGGUUUGGCUAGAAAUCUUUUUGGAGGAGAACUGCCCAACUCCAUAGCCAACCUUUCAACCAGCCUCAAAAUACUUACUCUGGGUGAAAACUUGAUUUAUGGAACUGUUCCUUUGGGAAUUGGAAACCUCAUCAAUUUGACCCUUCUUGGGCUAGAAGGGAACCACUUCACUGGUCGAAUCCCUAGUGCUAUGGGGAAGCUUCAAAAAUUAGAGGGACUGUAUUUGAAUGUUAACAAAUUUUCGGGGCCUAUUCCAUCUUCCCUUGGCAAUUUGACAUCAUUAACCAGGCUCUUUAUGGAGGAGCAUAGACUAGAAGGCAGUAUACCCCCAAGCCUCGGAAAUUGCAAGAAUUUGCUGGUACUGAACCUUACUAGUAAUAAUCUUAGUGGCACCAUACCCAAAGAGGUCAUUGGUCUCUCUUCUCUUUCUAUUUCUUUGUCAAUGGGUUAUAAUUCUUUGACUGGUUCAUUACCAUUUGAAGUGGGUAACUUGAUAAAUCUCAUGGAGCUUGAUGUGUCAGAUAACAGAUUGUCUGGUGAAAUUCCAAGCACCCUCAGCAGUUGCCUUAGUUUGGAGCACCUGCUUAUUGAGGGGAAUUCAUUUCAAGGAACACUUCCUGAAUCUUUGAAAGCAUUAAGAGGCUUAGAAGAGAUUGAUUUUUCACGUAAUAACUUGUCUGGUCAGAUCCCAGAAUUCCUUGGAAAGUUUUCAUCUCUAAAGAAACUCAAUCUUUCCUUCAAUAAUUUCGAGAGGGCAGUGUCAAUGGAUGGAAUUUUUGCAAAUGCUACUGCAAUUUCUAUCCUUGGAAAUGACAAGCUAUGUGGUGGUGUCCCAGACUUGCAUUUACCUGCUUGCUCUCAAGACAAAUCUCAUUCAAGAAAAUUUCUAGCUCCAAAAGUAUUCAUCCCCGUGAUAAUUAUUGCAACAAUAUUCUGGGUUGUUUAUAAAGGAGUUAUCAAUGAUAAUGGUGCAAUUGUAGCAGUGAAAGUGUUAAACCUUCAACAAGAAGGAGCGUCCCGGAGCUUCAUGGAUGAAUUCAAGGCCUUGAGAAGCAUUCGGCACAGAAAUCUCCUCAAGAUCAUAACUGCAUGUUCUAGUGUUGAUCAUCAAGGUAAUGACUUCAAAGGUCUUGUAUUUGAGUUCAUGUCUAAUGGAAGCCUUGACCAGUGGCUGCAUCCAACUGAUGGGCAAUUUAAAAUUAAGAGUACGAACAUUAUCCUGAGACUGAACAUAGCCAUUGAUGUUGCUUCUGCAUUAGAUCAUCUCCAUCACUAUUGUGAAACACCAAUUGUUCACUGUGAUCUAAAACCAAGCAAUGUUCUCCUCAAUGAUGACAUGACAGCCCAUGUUGCUGACUUCGGAUUAGCAAAGUUCCUUUUUCACUCAUCAAAAAAUCCCAACAAAAAUCAAACCAUAUCAGCUGGGCUAAAGGGUUCUAUCGGUUAUAUUCCUCUACGUAUGCCUUCCAUCCAGAUUGGUUAAUUCCAUUUUUAGUGAUUACUAUUUGCAAGUUUAA